AAGGAAGGGGCUGAACCAGCAAGGCUGCAACUCCUUUAUCAAUAGGUUAAUUGAACUGUUCUAAUUAUUAUAUAUUGAAUUAUUUUUAUUAUUAGCAAUAAAGAAGCUUUCAAUGGUCCCAAUUUUAGAAAGCUUUUGGACGCAAGAUAUUUCGGAAGACUUUUGGGAGUAAUGCCCUGAUACACAUACGAUAUUGGAUAUUACUCGUGAGCCUCCCAUCAACCAUUGGAACUUCUGCUUCAAUAGAGAAUCGGAAGGUGACGAAGUGGGCAACAAUGUUCACUAUAACAGUGCUUGGUAAGAACAUAGAAUAUGGACACUGAAUGUUCAAUUUGCUGAUAGCAAUAUGGAGACAAAUUGAUGAUUCUGUUUCAGUGCAUGCACUACUUUCAGGAGUGGUGCAUCAGCAAUUGGGUUCUGUAACUAAUGAUGCUUUGUCCUGUGUGCCAAAAUUCUACCAUUUUUCGGUCAUAACAAGCGUGUGAUAGCAACUCAGCAGCAGAGCAAGGAAAGACCCAACUUCUGCCACCAAAAUCUCACCUACAAUCCUGUCUUCUUGGAGCAUCAAACAUACAUUGUAAUCUGAAGCUUACAAACUACUCACAAGCCGACUCCUAUAUAUUCCCCCAACUUCUUCACAUACCAAUCAAAUCCAACACAAUAUUAUCUAAAAAUUUUCACACAAGAAGGGCUUGGAGAAAGAAACAUGAAGCACGUAGCUGGGGUUUUAACCAUCCUCCUACUGAUUACAAUAUCAGACUCAAGUGACUCUUUACCAUCUUGUGAUGGAAUUAUCUCGGAGCUCACUCCCUGCAUCUCAUACUUGAUAGGUAGCCAAGACAACCCAUCUGAUACAUGCUGCAAUGGCGUGAGGAAUGUGGCAAAAUUUUCCAACAGCAAGUCAGAUAGAAAGGCUAUUUGCCAGUGUCUUAAGAACUAUGCGUUAUCGCACUCAGGAAUUGAUUUCAGUCUUGUAUCUACACUUCCGGGGAAGUGUCAAGUCAACGUUAAGCUGCCUCCGAUUUCUAUAACAUUUGACUGUGACAAGGCUUGACGAGAAAAGCUAGCUCGGAGUUUCUCAAUUAAAUAAUUUGUACUAGUCUUUGAUGGUUGAAAUAAGUAGAUCAUGCCUGUUGACAUCUGGAUGUAUGAACAAACCUUUCCAUGCAAUAAAAUAACUUCUUUUAUCUUGUUGGCUUUUGCUUUUAUUUUUAUUUUUAUUUUGGAUUAAUUAUAUUUUAUCUAAAAUUUCCAUUUAAAGCUUAAUAUAUUAAGCUUUUCUUGGAAAUAAGUGUAAUAACAAACACACCUCUUUACACCCAUUACACCAUUUGGGUCAUGACAACCUUGUGAUGGCGAUUGGCGGCGGAAAGCAAGUAAGAAAAGGCUUAUCUUCUAGCACCACAAUCUCACCUACGUACGUUAGACAGAGAAAUUUCUCUGGAGUCUUCUUUUUCUCUUCUACUCUCGGAUUCACCGAGUUUCUCGUUGAUUCCCUUGCCUUCGGGCAGGGGAAAGAGUUUAUUUUCGUUUUGUAAAACCAGAGGUGGUUUUCCCUCAUUCCACUGGUUUUGCUUGUAUAGCUUUCUUAUUUGAGGUGGUUUUCCCUCAUUCCAAGUAAAUGUGUCAAUUUUUCAAUUUCUAUAUAUUUCUUCUUUUUUUUUUUU